ACACCUGUCUGAAGUUCCGAGGAAGAGGGCGGAAACUGCCACCCCUGCGGUCCUCCUGAUAGGCUCAGCUGGCCCCUGCGGUCUGCCCAUGGCAGUGGGUCCUGCACUGCCUCACUUCCCUAAAUGAGCAAUUUCACUUUUAAAAGCCCAGCUCCUGGUCUGCCUGGCUCAGUGACAUGUCCUGCGUUGGCCUGUGCCCUGGCCUUAGAUUCCCGGAGGGCUCUGGCCCUUUGUGGCUGGGUCUGUGAUCACUCCGACUGGAUGGGGCCAUGGCCCCCGUGGUGCUGCUGCUGUUGCUGCUGUUGCUGUGGCCACAGGGUUGCGUCUCAGGUCCUCCGGUCGACGUGUACACCAGAGUGCAGCACCGGGAGGGGGAGACGCUGUCCGUGCAGUGCUCCUACAAGGGACGCAAAAACCGUGUGGAUGGCAAGGUCUGGUGCAAAAUCAGGAGGAAGAAAUGUGAGCCAGGGUUCACCCGGCUCUGGGUGAAGGGGCCCCGCUACUUGCUACAAGAUGACGCCCGGGCCAGGGUGGUCAACAUCACCAUGCAUGCCCUCAAGCAACAGGACUCAGGUCGAUACUGGUGCAUGCGUAACAGCUCUGGGAUGCUGUACCCCAUGAUGGGAAUCCAGCUGGAGGUGUCCCCAGCCUCCACCACAGAGAGGAGCAUCCCUCUGACGCGCCUGGACCACGUCCUCCAGAGCAGCGGUGUUGCCCCGAUGACUCAAGCCCCCACAUCAGACCCCAGGGCCUCCCUCACCUCCAGUGUGACAGUGCUCACCUCGGGACGGCUCACCGUGACCGGACUCCCACCCUCCUCUGUGGCCCAGACCACAAGGCCCAGCUCGGAGACAGGCCACGGCUCCACCGAUGGCAGCAUCACCACCGUGGGGCCUUGGAGGGCCAUGGGGUCACGGACAGUGAUGACCACAGCUCCCAGCAGUACUAGGGAGCGGUACUCUCCUGCCAGCCAGGCCCUGCUGCCCACCAAGCCCAGGCGCCUCAGCACCAGUUUGCCCACCACAGUAAAGUGUCAAAACAGACUGCCCUCCCUCAGGCAACAGGAUCUUCAUGUCACAGUGCUCGUGGUAGCCCUGACCUUCCUCCCAGCGCCCAUGAUGUUGAUUGUGGUCUACGGGUUUUGGAAGAAGAGACACAUGGGAAGCUAUAGCAUUUGUCGCAACCCUGCCAGGCCCUGGAGGGCCCCGUCCAGAAGACCAGAACUCCUGCAGAAGCUAGCUUGGCUUGAGAAUACAUAACUGCAGUGGGAGCUCCUCCUGGAGGGGUCCCAGGAGGCUGGGGAUGAGGGGAAAUGUGCACAAUGGCUGAGGUUGGAAGAACUCUGCAGGUGCUCUUGGACACCUUGUCCGGUCCCCAUCCCUGGCCCCGCCAAGCCUUCUCCAGGGUUGCCAGGAGGGCUCAGCAACAGGCAACCUUCAGGGGGUCCUGCAGGACGUAUCCCAGGGGUGCCGUGUGCUGCUCUAGCUGCCGUGCCCUGGGCUGAGGGCAGUGGAGCCCCCAAGAUGCUGCUGACUGAUGGAGAAUGGCUCUCCUGAUGCUCCAUCCAAGGUGAGAGUGGGGCACAGCCGGAGCCGCCCUCUGCCCACCUGGAACCGUGGAGCCCUCAGCUUCCCCACAUGGCAUGCCUGCAGAGGAAGAAAGAGGGACUCAGGAGCCCCAGAGGCAGGAGUGUCCCCAGACCCUGUUGUGGAAGAGGAGAGGGACAGUGACUCGGAGCUGGGUUCAUAGCAGGUAGGCACCUGUCAGUCUGGGUGUCCUGAUGUCUUCUGCCCUGACUAAGGCUGCUGAUCCCCCAUGCCCAGGGAGCCUUCAGGGCACACCUUUCCACAGCUGCCUCCUGCUAUGUGUGUCCCUCCCCUGUGGUGUGCCCCUCCUCAGAUUGGGGGAUCUCUCUCCCAGGCCACGCACCUGAGGUCACACGUCCGAGUUCCUGGAGGGAACUCUAGCUGAGUCCACGCUCCAGGCUUUCUGAGACCCUGGCCCUGGAAUGAGGGGGAUCACCCCACAGAUGCUGGUGGGGAGGCCAUGGUGCAGAGAAAAAGAGUUGGAUCACUGUCCCACUCCCCAAGGGGCUCAUUGACCCCUGGAAAGAGAGAGGACCCCACUUGUGACACAAUGAAGGCAACUGGAACUGCCUGCCGCCUAGAAGACUGGCCUAGGUGAGAGCUGGGAGGGGAGGUGUUUAAGGAGCUCCUGGCUGGGGCUCCAUGGCCCAAGUGUGAGCUCAGACCUAACCUCUGCUGCUCUGACCACUGGCCCAGCUGUCAGCAGUGAAGACGAAACCACCAACUGGAUUCCGGCCCCCAGGCAAGGGUGUCCUUCAGCCUGCUGGAGUCAUGGUUGGGGACAAAGAUGACAUGUGCACUUUGGUUGUGGGUUGGCAAGGGUCAUAUUCAGCAGAGAGACUCAACUAGGGUCUCAGUGGACGGCUGGUGUGGUCAAUCCAGGAUGAAUACGGGGAGAGGAAUAGGGGCUGGGGUCGUGCAUGGGGACAGCCUGGAAGAGGUACUGCUUCCCUGUGUCCACGAGGGGGCAGUGGAGGCAAGACUCGAACUAGGAACUGACAGUUCCAUACAGGACACACACACACACACACACACACACACACACACACACACACACACACACACACACACACACAGUGACAUUUGUCCCUGGAUGGCCAACAACUAGCCCCAGGAGCUCUUUUCACCACCUUAACUCUCCUGAGGAGAAAACCUCCAUGAGAGCUCAGUGACAAGAUAUCCGGUGGGGAAGGAACCGGGGUGGGAUCGGGGAUGCCACCCUGUCACUGUGUGACCCUGAGCAAGUCACUAACCCUUUCUGGGCCUUGUUGUUCCUCCCUUGUGAAAGGGGGUGAUAAUAAUUCCUACCUCUCGAGAUUGUUCUCAGGAUAAAAUACAAUGACCCGU